GAAAUAGAUUGCGCACUCGAUCUAAAUGUUGCCGAGGCCACUCCACGGUCAUCGUGAGCGGCACCACCGGCAAAUAGAAAUGUCCGUUUGGUGACCUUCUGGCUGCUACUACUGGAGAUUGGUCGAGUUCUUCUGUAAUUAACUUUGCUUGCGUUGACCUUCCACUAUACACACUCGUUGUUUCGCUCCUUCGGUUGACUCGUACAUUCAUGCAGGUUGGCCUGCGAAACUUUUCCCGUGGUGGUAUGCAUAGUACUUGCUGGUCGAUCCAUCGUCCAAGUUUUCGGCUUGCCUUGCCUUGGCACGUGGGGGAUUUCGGCAUCUCACCAGUCAGCUGCUCUUUGAUACAGGACCGGGUUCGUAUUGCGGCUGCAUGCUGAUUAAAGAUGGUGAAUGCCAGAGGAUUCCUGGCCACAGUUGGUGCAGCUUCGAAACUGGUACAAGCACUGCCGGCUGAUGAUUCUUUCACGACAACUCCACCAUCAUCUCUCUCACCCGCUGCGGAACAAAUCGCGCACGAUGGUAGUCUGUUUCCAGGAGAGACUCUACAGUUGACACCCGGUCUGUUGAAUUCAAUCGCCUCCGAACUCCACGAGCAACUCGAUGACCACCAUGACGCCCUGGCAUCCCUCUUUUCCUUCGUCGACGCGUCUUCAGAGAUGAAACGCUCUGACAGCAAUUGCAGGGCAUACAUCGAUAACGAGAUAUGGCCCAACGGCCUCGUUUGGUCCAUCUUCAAGAGACUGCUGGGCAAAUCGCUCCUCGACGUGGCUCCGAUCGCCUCGCCAUGCUACUCAAAUUGGGACAACUACGAUGAAGAUUACUGCAGUUACCUCGCGUCCAACUUCACCAACUCGCAUCUACACAUGGACCACCCAACCUCCGUCAUGUCGCCUUUUUACCAGGGGGCGACUUGCAUGCCCAUUGACGGAGAGCCAGCCAACUGCACGCUGGGUGGUUUCCCUUACUACGUCGUCAAUGCAACCAGCGUAGCGCAUAUUCAGCUCGCCAUCAACUUUGCACGUACUUUCAACAUGCGCCUCGUCAUCAAAAACACUGGACACGACUUCGCGGGCAAGUCUGCUGGCGCAGGUGCAUUGAGUAUUUGGACUCAUUACCUGAAGGGCAUUUCGUACUUGUCGAAUUACAAUAGCAGCACUUACACCGGCAAAGCCUUUAAGAUCGGCUCAGGGGUCCAAUCAUAUGAGAUUUAUGCAGCUGCGGACGAGCACGAUGUCACCGUCAUCGGCGGUGAAGGUGAGACCGUCGGUUUCGCGGGGGGAUAUAUCGCCGGCGGCGGUCAUUCGCCCCUAGGCAGCAUCUACGGCCUCGCAGCGGAUCAAGUCCUGGCUAUGGAAGUCGUCACCGCCGACGGCAAAUUCCUGUCGACCUCCGAGGAGAAGAACUCGGAUCUCUUCUGGGCGUUGCGUGGAGGCGGCGGCAGCACGUUUGGAGUGGUUACAUCCGUCACGGUAAAAGCCUGGCCCAAAAUAGGCGCUACAGUCUCCAGCUUCACCUUCACCACCUCCGACACAGGCACGUCCGAGGUCUUCUGGCAGGCUAUGUACUACUUCUGGACUCAUUUUACUACCUUUGCCGACGCGGGCGCAUAUGCGUAUUUCCGUGCAUAUGCCAUUGGCGAGGAUGAGUACUACUUCGGCAUGACCCCCUUUUUCGCGCCCAACAUGUCGAAAGAUGAGCACGACUCCCUCCUGGAACCCUGGCUGUUGGAACUGGCAGAUCUUGGCAUAGAACUCGAUAUCAACGCGACAUACUACGACAACUAUUAUGACGCGUGGCAGCCCAGCUUCCCGCUCGAGACCGUCGGGCUCGACGCUGGCCGCAUCGCAUCGCGACUGUUUCCCCGUAAUCGGUGGGAAAACGAGACGCUCAUGAACGAAACGUUUGUCGUGAUUAAGAACACGACGGAGAAUGGAUUCUAUUUCACAGGAUUCAACAUGAAGGCCGAACUACAUCCCGAUAAUACCGAGAACUCCGCAAACCCGGCAUGGAGGGAGACAGUACUUCAUGCCAUCACUGCCGUCGCGUGGGCUGAUGGCACAUCGACCGACGAUAUCAAAACCCUCAGUGAUAGCAUGACGUAUGGAUGUAUGGGCCAAUGGCGUGCAGUUUCGCCUGGUGCUGGGUCCUAUCUCGGUGAGGCCGACUCGUCUGAGCCCGACUGGCAACAGUCUUUUUGGGGAACCAACUAUGACAAAUUAUUGUCCAUCAAGCAGAAGUAUGACCCGUAUAAUGUAUUCUACGCGCUGCAUACUGUUGGCAGUGAAGGAUGGGAAGUCGAGACUGAAACGGGCCUGCCGACGCAGAACGGUCCGUUAUGCAGGGUAUGAGCUGGAGGGGGUAAUGACGCCGCCGAGCAGACUUGCCGGUUUAGAAUCUUCUACUGUGUAUAUUCACGAUUAUGGUCUUGUUUCUAUACGCAGAGCCGUUAUUGGGACGUGAGUGUUCAUGUAUCACCGUUGGAAAGUAUGGCAAAAGACCCGUGUCUAGCAACCCAGUGGGUAUAUUCCCCGGUCUAGAUUCGACUCACGUCGGAAAUAAAUACCUACUUAGUAAUAUGCACAAUGAUAAAGUAAAUAUUAGCAAUCAAC